AUGGCGCCUUGGUCUGCAGUUUGUCCUCUAGCGGAAGCAUUACCUGUCGUGGAUUUGGCGGGUGUGUGGUGAGGAGAUUUGGCUGGUGGUUUGUUUGGCGCCAGAUUGGUGAUCGUGAGGCGGCUGUACUGGGCGCCCCCAGCGGGUGUCAGCUGACGAUGAUGAUCACUCUUUAAGGCCAGCAUGUCGAAGAAAAGAAAAUAUCCCCUGUCACGCCCUGAAUGCAUCUGUGGCAUCUGUCGGGAGAUACUUCUGGAGCCAGUGACGCUGCCAUGCGAUCACACCUUGUGCCACCCAUGCUUCCGGCAAACUGUAGAAAAAGCUAGCUUGUGUUGUCCUUAUUGUCGGCAUAGAGUUUCCAACUGGGCACGUAAAAAUGCCCGCUCCGGGACUCUGGUGGAUAAGGAGCUGUGGGAAAUCAUCCAGCGUCAGUACCCAGAGGAGUGUGAGCGCCGCGCCCGUGGACUGGACUCUGUAGAAGAUGACUUUGAAGAUGGUUUUAUCUCCUAUCCAGCACCUCUUAUAUGCAAACCUGGAGAAAUCCGACAGGAAUAUGAGGCUGAAAUUACAAAGAUUGAAGCUGAGCGACUUAGCAGAGAAGAGGAAGAACGUAAGAAAAGUGAAGAGUAUAUUCGUAGACUGUUAGCUGAGGAAGAGGAGGAACAACGGUUACAUCAGGAACGUGCGCAGAGGCAGUUGGAAGAUCAGCUAAAGCGAGAUGAAGAGUUGGCUCGGAUGCUAAACACUAAUAUGAAUGAGUCCUUUACAUCUGACCAGUCAUCCAUUAUUGAGGUACCCGUAGCUUCCAAGCAGACUCCUAGCUCAAAGUCAUCCAAAAAUGUGAAGGCCAAACCAAAACCAUCUGGAGACAUUGAAAGAUUUCUAUCCCCUAAAGUUAAUGAAAGCAUUCAUAUUAGAAGCUCUGCUCAAAUCAGGAGCGAAGAUUUAAAGCAUCUUAAUUCCACCUUGCGAAGUAAUGGAAGUGUGUUGGACUCGGAUGAAGACUCCAUGCCAUCUCUAUCUCCUCAAUUCAGUUUUUCUGUAAAUGGCAGAAAAAUGCACGCUUCUGACACAGAGCUGCCUAUACCUUGUCUAUCGAAAUACUCACCUAUUGAUGCAGCCCAAAGCGACCUGCAUUUGGCAAGUUCCUCUGAGGGUUUGACUGCUAAACUCAGUUCAAGAAAUAAGACCCCAUCAGACAUGGCUGCUGUAAACAUCUCUCCACCAAUGUCUUCCAGUGAUCAAGGUGACGGUGGGUGGUGGAGCUCUUCAGAAUCCAGCAAUGUUACCAGUACUCCUGACCAGUGGAUUAAAACAGCUAAACGAACCCUAGAGUCCCCUGUAGAUGGCGACAGCCAUGUAACCGAAAAGCGACAGAAGGUUUCUUGCUUGGAGAACAACUCUGUUGCAGAGUUAUAUACAGAGAGAAUAAAGGAACAGGAAGAGGCGCUUAUUCAAAGGAAGCUUCAGGAAGAACAGGACAGGAUGAUGGCACUGAAGCUGCAGAAGCUGUUAGACAAAGAAGAAAGCAGGGUGAGCAGGCACAAAGGAUCCCCGGAUGAGUACAAGCUGCGGCCAAAGAGAACAAGCCAGCAACAAGAAACAUCAGACACUACGCCUCAGAAAAAGUCACAAUUUAAUGACGGCAAAGCGGAGAGCCCUGGAAGUGAGGACACCUCAGAUGAAAAUAAAAAACCCCCAAAAAAAUCUGUGCAGCGGAAUAGAGUAGGACACUCGUCAAGAACACAACUAUCUGAAGGCCUCAAAGUCUUGAGGCCAAGUAAUAAGCAGCAAACAAUACUGGACAUGUUUCAAAAGUCGGCUGGAAAGUGAAGCCAUAAGUGCCUGUUAUAUUCGUUUUAUGGAUACUGCUGAUUUCUCUCUCAGGUUGCUGCAUUCAGAUUGUUGCCUCUGGUUAUAACGUUAAAGGGAUUUUGCCAUCACAUACAAUGGGGGCAAAUUGCUAGGAUAUGCCCCCAUGGUCUGAUAGGUGCAGGUCUGGGCCCCACCUCUGGGACCCGCACCUGCAACGAGAACUGAGCGGGGAAAUUAAUGGAGGGUGCACUGCACUGGCUCAGCUAUUUGUCUGCCCCAUAGAAAUGACUGGUAGCAGGGGCAGCACGUGCGGGGUGCGCUACCAUUCACUUGUAUGGGAGCAGCGCUUGGUGGUGGAUGGAGUCCUCCAACCACAGCUCCCCCUACUCUUUUCUCUUUGUAGGUGCGGGUCCCUCCUCUGGGACAAUGAGGGGCAUAUCAUGGAGAUAUGCCCCCAUUGUAUGUGAUGGGAAUAUUCCUUUAAGGAUUUCAUAGCAUUGAAAUUACUUUCUGUUCCUGUUUUUGUAUUGGGUUUUAAUUCACAUAUAUGGCAACUGAUGCCCUUGUGAUUCUUGGCACCAACCAGAGCCAUAAUGUUAUCACCUGUGGGGAUCAGAGUGGUUUUGUAUGUGAGAAGAGUAGAAAUAGGUUGAACUCCGAGACCUUAACGUUCUCACUGUUUAAAGAGGUUGUCCCAUCAGAUGAUCACCCCAGGUCCUGUAGAAAGACACUGAUGCUGUAGGCAAAUGUGGGAUUACAGGGUGGCUAUUCAGAUAAAUGUCCAUCCCCAUGUAAUACAAGGACAGCUCGAGUUUAGGAGUUUCUCCUACAGUUUGUCUUUGGGUUCGGAAGAGGAACCCCUCCUCUAUAAUGUCCAAUAGACCAUAUAAAUAGGGGUUGUUUUGCUGAGAUGACCUAUUAAAAGCAAAUCCGUCACCACAAAAUGCUGUGUGAUAAACAGGCGGAGCAGGAGAAGCUGGGAAGAUUUAUAUAUAGUUUUAUGGGAAAAAGAUUCAGUGUAAGUUAAAAAAUAUUAUAAAAGAUAUCUGUACAAUGUCAUCUAUUUGUUCUUUUCUUUAUUUCGUGUCCACUGGGGUGGUCGCACGUUCUCAGUUUAAAUCUUCAACUGUCACCAUCUCACAUGGAUCCAGAGAUUUCCCCAUUCAUUGCUCCAAUUGUUAGAUUGCUAGAUUUAUUUCACGCUGACAGCUCUGGGGUGUGUCCUUUCUGCUGCAGCUCUUUCCCUGUAACUGCAACAGCUUCUAACAGAAGAUGCCGGGAAAUGCAGCCAUCACACGGGGCUGGUUUCCCAGACUGAACGCUCUGGUGUGAAACUGGCCUUACACAAAGAAUGGUAUCCUCCUGUUCUAUAACAUGCUGCCUACAGAUUGUACUGCAUUCUUGACGACAAGUUCUGUUCAUGACCUUGUAAUGCAUGUUGCCUUCAGGAUUUUUAUUUAAUCUAUUCUGUUCAAUUUCCAUAUUUCAUUACUGUUUAUUAAUUGUACCGGUUAUAAGACAUGAUGUAAUGGAUGUAUCUCGGUAGCUUCAUUAAACCGUUCCACGUGGUUCAUUUUGGAUAUUUGCAAGCAAUAA